AGAUUAGUGAUAUCCGCUGUUUUAAUCAUUUUAGACAGAGUUUAAAUUAAUACUGUAGAGUGACAGGUUCUUCUUCUCUCCAGCCUGGACUCUGUUUGGAUUGAAAGGGUUUUGUGACACUUCCAGGAUGGAGUGCUCGGAUGAAAACCAGCCUGAUGAGGUGCCAGAAGAGCCGAGCUGCGGUGCUGAAAGUCAUGGGAAAUCUCCAAAGAGACGGCGAGAGAUGAAGAGAAGUCGGCGGAGAGUGAACGGAGUGGAGCAGGCGUGUACGGGGAGCGAGCAGAGAGGACGUGCCGAGUCACAUGACGCGUCUGAGACAAGUGAGAGCUCCACAAAGAGGUUGGAGAAGUGCAGACGAGCUCACUUCCUCCACGGCCCGUAUCCCAGCACACACUUUGGACCCAAAGCCUGCAUCCUGCCCAAUCCGACCUCCAUCAUGCACAUCCAAGAUCCAGUGAGCCAGAGGUUGGUGUGGAACAAGCCGCCACUCAACGUGUUGGUGAUCCGCAAGAUCCGAGACGAGAACUUGCUGGAGCCUUUUAAGGAGCUGUGCAGCUUCCUCAUCCAGGAGAAAGGUCUGAGUGUGUAUGUGGAGAAGAAGGUGGUGGAGGAUGGAGCUCUGAUGGCGGACAAGUCGUUCUCCAGCAUCAGGAGACAGCUGUGCACCUUCAGAGAGGGGUUUGAUGAUAUCUCAGACUGUAUAGAUCUGAUAGUGUGCCUGGGAGGAGAUGGUACGCUACUCUACGCAUCAUCACUCUUCCAGGGCAGCGUCCCCCCCGUCAUGGCCUUCCACCUCGGCUCGCUCGGCUUCCUCACACCCUUUAAGUUCGAGUCGUAUAAGACUGAAGUGGACAAAGUGUUUGCAGGUAACGCAGCUGUGGUGUUGCGCAGUCGUCUGAAGGUGAAGGUGAUCAAAGGGUCACUUCAGAGGGACCAGGAAAACGGCAGUCUUACACACACACACCCCAACCCUGCCACGCUGCAGCUACAGGUGCUGAAUGAGGUCGUGGUGGACAGAGGUCCUUCCUCUUACCUGUCCAAUGUUGAUCUGUACCUGGAUGGACGUCUCAUCACCUCUGUCCAGGGAGAUGGUGUGAUUGUGUCGACGCCCACAGGGAGCACGGCCUAUGCGGCGGCAGCGGGGGCGUCCAUGAUCCACCCCAACGUCCCUGCCAUCAUGGUCACGCCCAUCUGCCCUCACUCCCUCUCCUUCAGACCCAUCGUAGUUCCAGCCGGGGUCGAGCUCAUGAUUGCUCUUUCUCCAGAAGCUCGGAACACAGCAUGGGUUUCCUUUGAUGGCAGGAAGAGACAGGAAAUCCAACAUGGAGACAGCAUUAAAAUCACUACGUCGUGUUACCCGGUUCCGUCUCUGUGCUGUCACGGGCUGGUGUACGACUGGUUCGAGAGUUUAGCGGAGUGUUUACACUGGAACAUCCGCAAGAAACAAACACACCUGAGUGACGCCUCUGACUCCACAGACACCGACACCUGACUCACUCACUCGCACACCUGCAUGAGGAUCUGUCGUCUGUAAAUUAGCUGCUGAAUCAUUAUAAAGUGCUCAGUGAUGUAUUUAUUGUAACUGUGCUUCAUUAAAGUGUGACACGGCGCCCCCCUGUGGACCAACUGCUGCACUAAGUUUAAAAAAAAUUGCAAAAUCUUGAAAAAACUAGACAUCCUUUUACAUCACUCAUUCAUAUUUAUAAAUGUAGACUAAAAGCAAUAAAGUGACAGAGCCGAGCA